AUCUUAUACCCUGUAGCUUAUGGGGUAUGUGCACUUAGAUGUUCUAAUGGCAUUUCAAACUCAACCCUUAUAAAACGAGAACAGCCAGUACGUUUCUCCUCUCAUGUUUUGAUUAAACUUUAUUCACUCAAGUUUUAAAUCAGGAGUCCCCUUGUGUUGGCCUAACUAGGCUAGCCACAUCUACCUUGUCAGCUUGCUUUCUAUUUCCCUGGCCCCUACCUCAUCACAUGUGGGUAUUUCCACCUUACUUGCCUCUGCACUCACAGUAGUCUACCCAUCGCGGACGAAGCUAUUUCUGGUAAGAAAGGCAGAAAGUCAUGGGACCUCGGAACUGACAGUACACAAGUCAUGAGACCCCUUGUGUCCUGUUCUCUGCCACCAGGACAGUGCAGUCCUCUGCCCCAUCUCUCCAAACUCCCAGCAGGGAGUCUACUGGUUUACUUGGCUCGCCAUGACCCUGUGCCUUUGCAGCGCCCUCCCUGCUCUGGAAAGGAAGGCUAACGGGUGUCUGGUUCUGCGGUAGCAAACUGUAUAGAACGUACCGCAUGGGUUCAAGCCAUUAACGCAGACAUUUUCUUGACAAGACAAGUUUCCCUACAUCAGGGAUCUUGUUCCACUUGGUCCCCUGAAAUCUGCUACAGUAGAAAAGACACGAUGCGAUGCGUGGUGAACUUGGUGGAAACGAACCGAAAUACUUUACAUAUAAUGGUUCUCGGCCCCAGUCGGUGACUUUUUAAGACACGCGCUUCCUUGGGGGGCUUCGGUGAGGGUCGUCUUCCCUCCGAGCAGGUGAAGGGCAGCGGGGUGGCUCGUUGCCCACGGGCUGGGCUGGGUGGCUGCCCGCGCGCCUGCGCCCUCUGCCGCUCCAGUCCCGGUGCGUCUCUGUGCGCGUGUGUCUGUCUGGAGAGAAGAGGCUUGGGUGACAGGCCAGGGGUUGGGGGAAGAGUUAGGCAGCCCGAGUCGCAGUCUCACUCCCCGAUUUCUCGGCGGCAGGACCGAGACCGCCUCCGCAGGAGGCUGGCCCAUCUGCAAGGCACCUCCGCUGUCCUACUGCGGCCGCUCCUCUCCCAACCCGGCAGACUGGUCGUCACCCUCGCUAGUGAGUUGUGAAGGCUGGUGAACCCGGCAGAGCGGCGAGCGGACCCGGCGGCUCUGUCCUCCCACGGGCUGCGUGUGUGUUGGCAGCUUCACCCCGGAGUGUGUCACAAGCCCUGCGGUGGGCACCGAACACCCCGGGGAGUACCAAGUAGGAUGCCGUUCGGACAGUCGCGCUAAGUGACACCACACUGGGCACAGAGCGCUCUAGCUCCUGGCCACCGUCUGAGAGGCGGCGGCGGAGGGGGAUGAGCACCGGACGCGCAAAGCGCCUACCGCGAGCUAUCCCCGGGAGGUGGACGCCGAACAGGGCUCCUCGCAGGACCGUGCGGAUCUUUACCUCCCCUGGCACGAGGUGGAGAAACCUCCCCGCUGCGCCUCCGGUCAGGAUGCUCUGGGCAUCUCCCUGCUGCUGAGAUGUUCAGUUACGCGGUUCUGACGUCCGCAGCCCGGGUCUCAGGUGGGCACAACUGAGUGUGGGCCCGGUUUCGGCCCCUCGUGCAGGUGGAUGAAAAGUGCCGGAGACCUUGUAUGGGAUCAGCGAUCAGAUUUUAAGAGCCAUGGACGAAGGGGCUGUGCAGUCCCGGGCCCAAGAGCAGCUGGAGGCACCUGCCGAGGUAGGAGCUGUCCAAGAGAAGUGCGAGUCAGAGACCUUCAGGUCUAAGAGUUUACCAGCCCUGCACAGCGCCUCCUGCCGGCCGAAUCUCAGUGCUGGGAAUGCAGAUGGCGAACUGGCCUCGGGCUGCACUGAAUCUUCGGGUCACCAGGAGAUGCAUGGAGGAGGGAACCUGAUCGUCCCUAGUCCCUCUGCCCCAUCCACUUCGGCAGGGACUACAGCGGAAGUCGUGGACUGUAACCACAGGAUGGACCCCAGCAAAACUAUGUCAGUGUCUUCUACUCUGGCCACACUCCAGGAGAGAAGGUGUCUCUAUGUGGUCCUUACGGAUUCUCGCUGCUUCCUAGUGUGCAUGUGUUUUCUGACCUUCAUCCAGGCGUUAAUGGUCUCUGGGUACCUGAGCAGUGUCAUCACGACCAUUGAAAGGCGCUAUAGCCUGAAGAGUUCCGAGUCCGGGCUGCUGGUCAGCUGCUUUGACAUAGGGAACCUGGUAGUGGUGGUGUUCGUCAGCUACUUCGGCGGCCGUGGGCGAAGGCCUCUAUGGCUGGCGGUGGGUGGACUUCUUAUCGCUGUCGGGGCUGCGCUCUUCGCCUUACCUCACUUCAUCUCACCUCCCUACCAAAUCCAAGAGUUGAACACGUCGGUCUCCAACGAUGGCCUUUGUCAGAAUGGCAACUCCACGGCCACCUUGGAGCCUCUUCCCUGCCCCAAGGACUCGGGAGGAAAUAAUCACUGGGUGUAUGUAGCUUUAUUCGUUUGUGCACAGGUUCUCAUUGGAAUGGGCUCCACACCGAUUUACACCCUGGGACCAACCUAUUUAGAUGACAACGUCAAGAAAGACAACGCAUCCUUGUACCUAGCCAUCAUGUACGUCAUGGGAGCACUUGGCCCUGCAGUAGGAUAUUUACUAGGUGGCCUACUCAUUGGUUUUUAUGUCGAUCCCAGAAAUCCUGUUCUCCUUGAUCAGAACGACCCUCGUUUCAUCGGAAACUGGUGGAGUGGAUUCCUCCUUUGUGCCAUUGCAAUGUUUCUUGUGAUAUUCCCAAUGUUUACUUUUCCAAAAAAGCUUCCACCUCGACACAAGAAAAAGAAAAAGAAAAAAUUUUCUGCUGAUGUCGCUAGUGACGAUGACGUCAUCAAGGAGAAAUCAAACACAAGUGAACAAGUGAACAAAAAAGUGUCUUCAAUGGGCUUUGGAAAGAAUGUCAGAGACCUACCAAGAGCAGCUGUCAGGAUCUUAAGCAACAUGACAUUCCUUUUUGUGAGUCUGUCGUACACAGCUGAGAGUGCCAUUGUCACCGCUUUCAUUACCUUCAUCCCCAAGUUCAUCGAGUCACAGUUUGGUAUCCCAGCUUCCAAUGCCAGCAUCUACACUGGUGUCAUCAUUGUCCCCAGUGCUGGUGUUGGCAUCGUCCUGGGAGGCUACAUCAUAAAAAAAUUGAAGCUUGGUGCAAGAGAGUCCGCCAAACUGGCAAUGAUCUGCAGUGGGGUGUCUUUGCUCUGCUUCUCAACCCUGUUUAUUGUUGGCUGUGAAAGCAUCAAUCUAGGCGGCAUAAACAUCCCUUACACCACAGGGCCUUCUCUCACCAUGCCCCAUAGGAAUCUGACAGGAAGCUGCAAUGUUAAUUGCGGUUGUAAAAUACAUGAAUAUGAGCCAGUCUGCGGAUCAGAUGGAAUCACAUACUUCAACCCGUGCCUGGCUGGCUGUGUCAAUAGUGGCAAUCUUAGCACCGGGGUUCGGAAUUACACAGAGUGCGCCUGCGUCCAGAGCCGACAAGUGAUCACCCCGCCCACGGUGGGUCAGCGCAGCCAGCUCCGCGUGGUCAUUGUGAAAACCUAUCUCAACGAGAACGGCUACGCUGUGUCUGGGAAGUGCAAACGCACCUGCAAUACCCUCAUCCCCUUCUUGGUUUUCCUUUUCAUAGUUACCUUCAUCACAGCCUGUGCCCAGCCGUCCGCCAUUAUAGUAACACUCAGGUCUGUGGAAGAUGAAGAAAGGCCCUUCGCACUGGGAAUGCAGUUUGUUUUGUUGCGAACACUUGCAUACAUUCCUACUCCAAUUUACUUUGGAGCCGUGAUUGACACCACCUGUAUGCUCUGGCAGCAGGAAUGUGGCGUGCAGGGGUCUUGCUGGGAGUACAACGUGACGUCGUUUCGUUUUGUCUACUUCGGUUUGGCGGCUGGCCUCAAAUUCGUUGGCUUUAUUUUUAUUUUCCUGGCCUGGUACUCUAUCAAAUACAAAGAGGAGGAACUGCAGAGGCGGAGGUGCAGAGAAUUCCCGCUGAGCACUGUGAGUGAGCUAGUGGGUCAGCCCAACAAAGCUGAGAAAUAUGCCCGGACUACAUCAUGCCCAGCCUUCAGCACCCAGGGGGAAUUCCACGAAGAAACUGGUCUGCAGAAGGGAUUCCCAUGCACUACACAGACCUAUCCUGGGCCUUUCUCAGAAGCAAUAAGUUCCUCUGCAGACCCUGGGCAGGAUGAGAGUCCCAAUUCUGUUCUGUAGAAGUCCCUGCUGAAGCCUGGAAAAGGAAGACAUGUUUUGUUGGUUGAGUUGAAUAUGGCGAGUUGAGAAACACCUGUGCCUUCUUACUUUCUUUUCUUAAACCUCUACAGACACAAUCCUCAAACCAACAAAACUCAGUAUACACAGCCACUACUGAUUGAGGGCUGGAUACCUCAACAAGACUGGAAGCCUUUCCCCUCUUUUUUUUCCAGGGAGGAGCUUAGAUACAUCUGUUACCACUUCUGCUGGGUUCAUUUAAUGCUCUCGCUCCUGUUUGGCACAAGCCUGCUGUCCAUGGUUAGCCAUGGGAAAGGCUAUGACCACGCAUAUCAUUAGCAUACACUCCAGAGAAAGGUGAGCUCUACCAAGACUUUGCAUUUGCAAGUCAGAGUUCUUUAGAUUUGAACACCUACUGUGAGUUCUGCUUCAAAGCACAAUAGAAUUUGCCUCAACUAUGCAACUGGAUUGGAAGAAUAGAAGUGUGCCAUGCUUCUUCGGCUUUCAGAGAGCAAACCAGAUGUGUUUUUGAUGAGUGGAAGCUGAAUGCUCCCUAAAGCACUGUUAAUAGCAUCUUAAGCCAUAGCAGACCUAUCAAUCAGGUAGAAAAAUUCCAAAUGCUUCAAAGAACUGUAUACUGCAUUGUAAUGAACGAUAACAGGAUUUCCUAAGAUAUAUUUUUCUCUUAGUCUGUUUACUCCAUCAUAAGGUAGAUCAAGUGGCUGCUGAAUCAUACAUCUGAUAGCUUGACUAUUUAAACUACAGUAUUCUUUCAUAAGGGGCUUUAAAACUAGUGUGCUAAACAAUCUGGCUAGAAACUGUAAUUUGAGAUGCUUAAUAAGGAAGAAAAUGAUGGCUUUCUUAUCUGAGGAAAUGGCUGUAAAAAUUCACCUCCUCAGGGCCCACUAAAAGUAGCUAAGAGUUACUACUACCUUGACAUUCAAAGUAGUUGAUAAAGAAAUUCCCAGGGUAAGACUGAGUCCUCACUGGGGAUUUCACUUAUACCCUCAACAUACUGGCAAUUCUCUACUGAUUUUUUUCUGUAUAGGAAAUGCCAUGGCUGCUUCAGAAAAUGAAUAGUUCAGUCGGGAAAGCUAUAGGAUAGGAAAAUCACUGCAGAGGAGAUGGGAGAUUUGUCAGCCUCACACAGAAUAUGGUCCUCCAUUAGGUCAGGAGUUAGCAUGGUAAAGCAAAUGACUCUACCAUCCUGAAUCCCGCUUUCUCAGAGCUAGCAACAUCAUUUCACAGUGCCCUUUGAUCUCUGUACUCAUAUCCCUCCUGCAGUGAUUCUGAGAGAAGACAUUGCCCUUCCUAAAGACAUCUUGGGUUCGUUGACAGGCAUUCAUUGACAGCACUAUCGCUUGUCUUAGGCACUACUUGGGAGGCUUUGUGUCUGGGUCUCAAGAUUGAGGGCUCUUGACAGUCUUCCUGCAUGAGAUGGUAACUCAUGGGAUCUGGCUGCAAGGGACCAAAAGGCUCAACGUGUCAUAACGUUGAGACCUCUCUGUUGAGCAACUCAUGUCAUGUAAGGUGAACUCGGGAAGUGUUUCCUCGUCUGGAAGAGAGGUGGCUGGCAGACCGGCUGUGACCCAGACUUUGUACCUACAUUCUUGGAAGGUCACUCAAGUAGAACUGUGGAAAUGUUCCUAGGUACAGGAUUGAUUUCCUGCCCAUGGAGCAAGGCCACCAGUCAAGUGGUUUUCUGGAGACAUGGAGUUUGUGGAGGAGCAUUCACUAUUUUACUGAAUAAUGUCUAUACAUAAUAGAGCUAGUAGUGCCCAGGUGAAAAGGACUUUGCUUGGACUCCUGGGCUUGGCUGUCGUGGAGGUGGGCAGUGAUGCUCAGCUAAGGCUAUCACUGCUGUGUGCCAGACUUUGUCCAGUGUAACAAACAUGAAAGCUUUUCAUAAAAUAGUGCAGAUUAGCUGAGGGUGUACUUUGGGGACUCAGCGUCCCUCUUUGCCAUCUGUGGAUGAUCUUAAGCCUUUAGAAGGGACAGUUUUCUUUGGUGUUGAUGCUAAGAUAUGUAGGUUAUGGAGAGGCUGUGCUUUCUUAAUUUUUAUGUGAUAAUUUAGACAUUAUAUUAAGAGACUUCUGGUGGAAUUGGUCCUGGUUUGGUAUUAAGGUGGAUGGAUUCACCAGGGGUAAUUAGAAAGGCCCUGAUGCCUUUCUUCCUUAAAUUCAGUUCAGCAAUUGCUGCCAGGGUACCAGUUAUGUGUUGAUCCCAUUUGCUGCUCUAUGAAAUCCUUUGAGAUGCUGAGGCCAGAACUCAAAGACAUUCACAUGGGAUGUGCACUACCAUAUGUGACUAGAGUUCCUGGUACUAUGAAUAGCAGAUGUGUUAUCAAUGUGCUGUUGGUGAAUGUAGAAUAAGUGGUGAAAGGCAGGAGGGAAUGAAGUUCUGGAUUAGGUACCAAGUCAGGAUUGCUCCCCAAAUGUUUUAGGCUCUGGCAGCAGCGUCAGACUAUUACAUAGCCAGUGAGUUGACUAUUUUAUAGUUAGUACCACCCAGCUGUACAUAUGGAAGAGGUCUUCUGUGUUUCUAGUAACCUGGUUGCGUUACUUGUAGUCACAGCUCCUAACAGAGAUUUUAAUUGCUGCUUUCUGUUCAUAGGCUUUGAAUUACUUGUUUUGACAAAAGGACACCUUGUUCUGCCUUCAGCUCUAUAAAUUAAUGUGUUGUUUGGCUUUAAUAUGCAAAUAUAAUAUCCAGCUCAUUGAUUUAGAAACUCUCAAGGGCUGAGGGAGGAGGGUGUUGAAGAACAUAUUUUAAUAAUUUUUCUUCGUGUGUUGUCUUGUUCCUUGGAGGUGGAGUUAAUUUUUUUUUUUCUUAAACAAACCGGUCAAAAGUCAUUCUGCACGCUGUGGGGGAUGGGGAGAAAUGGAAGCGAGGAGACAGAUUAGCAUUCGGUGUGGUGACUGUUUGCGGAGUAGUUUCCCAACAUCCAACACCCAUGGCAUUUCUCUCUUUAGGAACAUGCAAACACGUUCUUCUUCAGCGGUGCUGGAUCAAGCUCAGGACCUUGCAUAUGCUAAGUACAGGCUCUCUCUGGAGCAGUACCCCAGCCUUCUUGGGAGUAGAUUUUUGUAUGCUUGUUUGUUUUUAACAGAUUUGAAUCCGAGGCUCAGAAAGUCAGUCAUUUAGGAUGGUGCAGAGCGGCAGCGACAGGGGCUGAGACGGCUCUCUCUGACUAAAUUGUUCGCUUGUAAUAUUUAAUACAGUUCAGUGUAAACAAAGGCCAGCUGUCCACUGUAAAGCAGGUUAGCACGUGUCACUUUUUGAUGUAGUAUUGUUUUGGAAGAAUAGAGACAUUCUUCAAAACAGAGACAUUUCCUUUUAUAAAUAGAAAAAAAAGCAUAGCACACACCUGUGGGAGCCAUCCACACUCAAUGUUUAGCUAGAUUUUUUUGGAGUAAAUUUCUUUAUGUAGCCAAGUAUGAUAUUAAAAAUCAUUUGUUAUAACUUACCUCAAAUGCUUAUUUAUAGGUUGUGUUUAACUGAGAACACAUCCGGUUUAGGUAUUAAUUGGGACCUUAGCAGAAUUUCCUGAAAUGAAUUUUUAUGAAAACAAAGGUUAGUUCUGAUUGAUUGCAUCUGAGCUUUGGGGAUUAUUUAUGUUUUUCUCUCGUGAGUAGAUUAACAUUUCUGCUUGUAGACAACUAUGAGUUUUCACAUUCUUAAUGAAGACUUAAAAAGAACAUAGAAAAUACACACCAAGCCACCGACCCCAUCUGUUACCUCAAGUGACUGUCUCAUUAAAAUGCAUCCGUGCACUCAGGGAAGCCAGUGCCCGCAGAAGUUUCUAGAGGAGGGCUCCCGAGGGUCUCAGAAAUCCUACGUUUCACCAACCAUCCAAAAUUUCUUGUUUGGUCCACAAUUCCAGUCUUUAGUGAACUUACAGCCAGGAAGUGUCUUUUUUCUUUUGUCUUUUUGAGGCUGUUUUUUAGAACCCUGUAUGCACCAAGGAACAGCAGCACAGUGUGAAGGGACACAGCACAGUGUGAAGGGACCCAAAGGCCCUGUGGGAACUCUCCCGUGAGCCCCAAAAGCAAGUGCUUGCCUAGGGUGCAUGACUGUGUGUGUAUGUGCGAGUGUGCACGUGUGUGCGUGUCCUAGAGGCAUAGAACGUGAAGAUAACUAUUGCUGCAAAGGUACAUGCUGAGUAUUCUAAGUAGCAGAUAGAAACCCCGAAUACUGUAACCCCAGAAAUUGCCUGGAAGCUAGCCUCGCUAAUUCUGUUCUCCAGACUUGUGACUAAUCUUCUCAUGUCUCUGCUUUCUCUUCCACUAAGGGCGGGGGUGGGGGUGGGGCCGCUGGCAGGAGAGGCUAGGCUGGUACUCGGGUGCACUUUAUCAUUUCAGUCUCACCUUUCCUGACAGCUGUAGAGUACUGUAGCGCCAGAAGCGAAGUCCUCCUGCUGCAUUGCAACCAGAUUUGUGUUUGUUGGAAGAGGUUUGAUUUUAAGCACUUCAUUUUUACUCAGCCUUAAGAAGGAUCAAAGGUGACCAGAAGCUCACCUUAUCGCUGUUGGCUUUGGCGACAUUAAAAAUAAAAUGCCUUGGUGCUAAAGUGUUUAUAGCUGCAUGUUCCUCUCUGAAUUCAGUGUUUCAAUGACAAGGGGCUGCAUGUGCUGUGUGUUUGGAAACCUGGGCAUUUUCCCAGAGAACAAGCCCCCUUGGCUCUCAUUUUCACAGUUGAUGAACUCUACACCGUAAACAUGACAAGUGUAAGGGAGAAUCCUUUCCUACGGAAAAGUCAGUGCUUUUGGUAUUUAGUUUAGCAAGAAAAAACAGAUGCUGAAAGUAAUUUCAGAGAGAUAAAAACCUAUUUAGAUAACCUUCUAUCUUCUCCAGGAAGCUUCGAGCCCUGUGAGCUGUUCGUUCAUUUGUUUGGUUUUGGUUUUAGCAUUGGGGUCUGAUGCUGUGAUCUUUUACUGGUCGUCUACUAUACAUGUCAAAAGUGAUGAAGCGAAUGUUAUUGACAACUGAAGUAAUGGUAAGGGUGUAUUAAAGGAAACUGAAGGGUAAGAUGUGACAGAGGGCAUUUUUCUUAUGAUAUAUACCUCUACCCCAAACCCAAAUGUUAAUCUAGAAGCAUGAAGCCCAAGUCAGCCUUUGACUUUGUAGUAUAAGGAAACGUGAAGCUGUGUCAAAUGCGUUAGGACAUCCGCAGAGUGUAGCGUGUGUGUGUGUGUGUGUGUGUGUGUGUGUGUGUGUGUGUGUGUGUGUCUGUCUGUCUGUCUGUCUGUCUGUGUUACUUUGUAGAGGCAUGUUGGUGAUGAAAGGCUGCUUUGAGUUAUUAUGUAGUGUUUGAUUGUGUGGUUUUUAGAACAAAUAUUUAUUUGGAGACCUGUUAUGCCAAUGCAAAGGGGUGUAUGACUUAUUUCCUUAUGUUUAAUGAAACUGACUGUCAAAGGACUAAUAAACCUGGGUUUACAACACCAUGAAUACUUGAUCACUGAAAAUUAAGGAAAAAAAAACGUUGAAAAAAAAUAAAGUGUGUUGGAUUGAAA